AGCCUGCCGGGUAGCUGUGCCGAGCCGGCGCCAUCUUGUGGUUGUGCGGUGAUGGCGGAGAGAGACUGCGGUCAGUGAAACUCCGGUCACAUCUCCGUAUCGAACGGUUAGGGUAAGCAGAUUGCCAAUCCAAAUUAUUUUGAAACCAAUCUCGCAAGUGAGUCUCUUCAAAGAUGGGUUCUAAUAAAAGAGUAAGUAGAACUGAACGGAAUGGAAGGUACGGCUCUGAUCAGAUCAAAGACCACGCAGAUUCUAGAGACCGAAGAGAUCGCAACUCCAGGGGCUCAGACCGGGACUAUGACCGGGACUAUGACCGAGACUAUGACCGUGAAUAUGAUCGGGAUUAUGAUCGGGAUUAUGAUCGAGAGUAUGAUCGAGAGUAUGACCGAGAGUAUGACCGAGAGUAUGACCGUGACUAUGACCGUGACUAUGACCGUGACUAUGACCGGGAUUAUGAUCGAGACUACGACUACAGAGGUUCCAAUGACGACCGUCGUAGUAAUCGUCGACACCAAGACCAUCGGAGCUCCGAAAGUUCUGAGAGGCACCAGGAAAGAAGAAGCAGUGAGCGAUCAGAUGGCGGCUACCAUUCAGAUGGCGACUACAGGGACCAAGACAUCAGGAAUGACCUGAACAAUGAUAAAGAAAGCAAAACUAUUAUGUUGCGAAGUCUUCCAUCAUCUGCAACCGAGGAUGAUAUCCGAACUGUAUUGGAGUCCUUUGAUGGAGCUCAACCAAGGGACGUGCGGCUAAUGAGAAGCAAAAUGUCAGGUCAAAGCCGUGGUUUCGCCUUCGUGGAGUUUAAUCACUUGCAGGACGCAACAAGAUGGAUGGAAGCCAAUCAGAAACAACUGACUGUACAAGGGAAGUAUAUCACCAUGCACUACAGCAAUCCACGACCCAAGGCUUAUGAAGACUGGCUUUGUGGCAAGUGUGGUAUAUAUAACUUCAAGAGACGAGAAAAAUGUUUCAAGUGUGGAGCUUCCAAGUCUGAGUCGGAACAGGAUCAGCCGUCUUCAGUAGACUUUCAUCAAUCACCCGACUACUACAGUGACACUGUCAUUUUAAGAAAUAUUAGCCCUCAUACAUCAGUGGAGUGUAUUUUGAGUGCACUUUCUCCAUAUGCCGCAUUGUCUCUCUCCAACAUUCGGUUAAUCAAGGACAAGCAAACCCAACUGAACAGAGGCUUUGCCUUUGUACAGCUAGCUUCCAUUGUGGAGGCGUCUCAGCUUCUUCAGAUACUCCAGUCCUUACAGCCACCUCUGAGCAUUGAUGGCAAAACUAUUGGUGUUGAUUUUGCAAAGAGUGCAAGGAAGGAUCUCUUUACCGCCGAUGGAAACCGAGUCAGUGCCAUGACUGUUGCAAGUACAGCCAUCGCUGCAGCUCAGUGGUCGUCCAGCCAGGUCCAGCAGGUUUCAGACACAUUGAACUUGGAUUACAACUACCUCCAACAGUCUGGACAUGAUGGCUAUGGUCAACAUUACGCACAGUACUCGCAAGAAUAUCCGUACUUUCCACACACCUCUGUGGAGCAACAACCACCGGUCACUUAUCAGGCAGCGGCAACUCUCACAGCUCCUGCUGUUAGCACAUCCCCAAAUGCUACCACAUCACAAGCUCAAGGUGCUCCAGUGUAUUCAGGACGUGCACAGAGCUACCAGCAAAGUGCUCAGCAGGCAGAAGAUGAACAUCCAUCGACAACUGUUAAUCAAACAGGCAUGGGUCAAGCUGGCAGUUCCUCUGAGUCCAAAUACUCUGCCCCAGAUGUAUCAAGUUACCAGUACGAUGAAACGUCUGGAUUUUACUAUGAUCCACAGACUGGCUUAUACUAUGAUGUCAACUCACAGUACUACUACAAUUCACAGACUCAGCAGUACCUGUACUGGGACAAGGAAAAGCAGAAGUACCUUCCUGCCUCAGAAUACACUGCACAGCAGAACGCCUCUGCUGGCGCAGCAAAUAAAGAUGGCAAAGAGAAGAAAGAGAAGCCCAAGAGUAAAACUGCUCAGCAAAUUGCCAAAGACAUGGAGCGAUGGGCUAAGAGUUUGAACAAACAGAAAGAAAACUUCAAAACUAGCUUUCUGCCACUGAGCGCACUCAAAGAAGAUGAGCGAAAGGAGGCUGCAGCGGCUGAUGCUGGCUUUUUCUUGUUUGAGAAAAAGGGUGCUUUUCCAGAAAGACUGCAAGUUCCAAUGGAAGCCAUGAAGAGAUCUGCGGACGAUGAGGACUACAUGUUAAAGAGGAAAACAAGCCCACCACAUGCUCUUGUUGCAGCUUACAGUGGAGAAAGUGACACGGAAGAAGAGCAAGAAAAGACUGAAGAUGGAGAUGAGAACCUGACAGAUUGGAAGAAAAUGGCCUGUCUGUUGUGCAGAAGACAGUUCCCUAAUAAAGAGGCACUCAUUAGACACCAGCAACUUUCUGACCUGCACAAGCAAAAUCUAGAGAUUCACAGAAGAUCAAAAAUGUCUGAUAAAGAACUUGAAGCUUUGGAGAAGACUGAAAGAGAGAUGAAGUACAGAGACAGAGCAGCAGAAAGGAGAGAGAAAUAUGGAAUACCAGAGCCUCCAGAACCCAAGAGGAAGAAGUUCUUUCCCCCCCAAGCAGUGGUUGAUUUUGAGCAGCCAACUAAAGAUGGUAUUGGCAGUGACAAUAUUGGAAGCCGGAUGUUGCAAGCCAUGGGCUGGAAAGAAGGUUCAGGACUUGGGCGGAAUCAACAAGGCAUUACAGCUCCUAUUGAGGCUCAGUUGAGGAUGAAGGGAGCUGGACUGGGAACUCGUGGAAGCUCAUAUGGCGUGUCCACUGCAGAUACCUAUAAAGAUGCCGUUCGAAAAGCCAUGUUUGCCAGAUUCUCUGAAAUGGAGUAGUGUGGGUUGUUCUGGUCAUGUAGAUAAUGUAAUUAAUACUAUCAUUGUUUUGUUGUGCCAAGAAAGAAUGUUUUCGAGUCAACUUUUCACUUUUUCUGUGUUGGUUAAAUUCGUCAGUUUAACAAAAAGAACAAAUUGAAUUCUCGUCUUAAAUUAUGACCUUGUAAGCUAGCAUGUGGAAUGCUAGAGGGAGUGAGAUGCAAGUGUAAGAUUUGUUAUGUGUGAAUUUGUUACAAAAAUCAGUAACAUGUACAUUCUGUAUGAUACUCUAUGCUCUUUGUACAGAUUCUGUCUUGGAGUUUCAAUCCUUAUUAUUUGGGGUCUUUCCCUCCACCCCCCAAAAUAAAUUCAGUGCUAGUAA